CUCUCUGCAUACUGUAUGUCAUCCCUUAUGCUUACACGUUUUGGUUUUAUCUUCUCUCCUUAGCAUUUCUCUUUUCCUUUCCUUUCGCUUCGUCUCCUCAGUGGGCGGGACUUUGUUCCAGGGUCAGCCCACAGGGGGAGUGGUCUGCUUAUGCAGCCGAGUUUGGAGCGCUGUUUCCCGGCCAGCCUCUCAGCUGUGACUCGCAGUGAUUUCUUCUUCUUCGUUACUCCCAGCAGGGGCCUGACGCUCGCUCUCUAUGAUUAAAGAUGGAGCUCCGGUCCAUUCCUCCUGCUCUCCUCGUCCUCUCUGUAGCAUGUCUGCAGCCGGUAUCCGGCGUGGUUCCACGAUCAGGACCGAAAGUCACCGAGAAGGUGUUUUUUGACAUCACAGUGGCGGGUCACGAGGUGGGGCGGAUCGUCAUCGGCCUUUUUGGGGAGGUCGUCCCUCUCACUGUCAAUAACUUUGUUGCCCUGGCAACCGGAGAGAAAGGUUACGGCUACAAAGGGACAAAGUUCCACAGGGUCAUUAAGGACUUCAUGAUCCAGGGAGGAGACUUCACAACAGGAGAUGGAACUGGAGGUCACAGCAUCUAUGGAAGAACUUUUGCAGAUGAGAACUUUAAACUGAAGCAUCUCGGAGCAGGCUGGGUGAGUAUGGCCAACGCUGGUCCGGACACCAACGGAUCACAGUUCUUUAUCCUGGCUGCCAGAGCACCGUGGUUGGAUGGGAAACACGUGGUUUUUGGCAAAGUCCUGGACGGGAUGGCUGUGGUUCACACCAUUGAGCUUCAGGACACCAACGACAGGAACUUGCCAUACACCGAGUGUGUGAUCGUCAACAGUGGCAGGAUCCCUGUCAAACAACCCUUCAUAGUGGAGGUGGAGGGCUGGUAAAUUACAGCAAAGACAGUAUAUUAUUAUGACAUACUAGAAAUCGAUCUGAAGUCCAUUUUUGCAGUUUGUCAAAAUCAAAUUUCAUAUGAUUACUUUUACAUGUUAACACACUAACACUAGCAUGCUAGCAAGUAAGGCUGGGUAUUGUUGGAAAUUUUACCAGGACCAAUACUGGUAUUGAGACUGAAACAAUACAAUUCUCUGUACUUAAUAUAAAUAUUAUUUUUCUUUUUUCUUCUAUAAACUUUUCAAACUUAUCAGUGUUUAAUUUUGUCUUAACGUGACUUAAUUGUCAUAAAAACAAAAUGCAGACAAAAGUUAUCAGAAAUGUUGAUUUAAAUCAAGAAAGAUUUGAUCAGAUAGAAAACGAGACAAAAAAUCUAACCAAGCAUUCAACCAAAUUCAGUUCCAUCUUUCAGUAUUUGAAAGUGCCACUGAUGCAUUUUGGUUUGUACCAAAAAUACAUUGCAGUUCAAUACCCACACCUAUUAGCAAGCUAACAUGAGCAUGAAGCAUUGCAUCCUUAAUGGUAACAUGUUCACAUGCUAACUGUGACGUGUUACAGAGGCUAAAUGUUAGCAUGUUAAAUGUAGUUGUAAGCCAUAGCAUGCUAACAAACACUUAACUUUCCCUCUGAAGCAGUCAGCAAGAGUGCUUUAACCUGGCGAAGGUGAACUUCUGAUCGAUUUCUACUGUAUGCAGAUAGGAAACAGAUAUUUUAAUUAAGUUAUAAAAGAACAACUGUCUGUGAAAGGAGGGGAAACUUUCUAAAAUAGGGUAUACAGGACAAAGAAAAAGACAAAUGAACCAACUGAAUCCACUCUACAACUUUGACUUGGUUUGGAGAUCAGACACAAAGUUAAGUUCAUCAUAGAUAGUAAACAUUGGCAUGUCAAAUUAUUCUCUAUGCUCAGGUGAAAACCUAAUAUCUCCAAAAUGGCAUUUUCUUUCUUGCACUUAGAUGAAUUUUCCACAUUCAAGCAACUUUACAAUCCUCAAAUUAAUAUUUAGUGGGCUUUUAAACAAAAGGUUUCAUGAGCCCUGACACAUGAUUUUAGUCACUUAAAAACAUAAAACUGAAUGAAACAGAAGACCACAUUUCACUCUAGAAAUACAGCAUUUAUGUAUGUGCUGCAAGGUGAUUUUUUUGGAUUUUAUUCAACAUGAGCAUGCAAUAUACAUACCAAAACCUGGAGAUAUGACGUUUACAGCCAAUUAUGACUCAUUGUAUGCAGAGAAGAGCAGUGUCAGUUUGACAGUUGUGUGUUUAUCAGGUUCACUGUGGUUCAUGCUAACCAUUUUAAUAUGUUAGCAUACUUGCAUAUUUAGUGGAUGGUGCCAGUUAGUGUUAUCCCCAAACUCAUAUCAAACUAAAUAAUGAACUGUGACCCAAACAUGAUGCGUAUCAUGGAAACUUGCACUUACAGAACUAUGUAGCUCCUUAUUAAUCUCUUAUUGCCAAAUCAUUCUUUAUUUGCCAAAUUUGCUUACACCUGCUAUGCAUCUAAUCAGCACCGACAUAUCUCAUUUUCAAUAACUGUUAACAAGUGUAUGCAAAAACCUUUGUAGCAAGUGUCAAAUGCCAUUCUUGCACUUUAUUAUGAUGAUUUUUAUCAUUCCAUCAUUGAAACUGAAGAUUUCUGUUUCCGUGUUUGAUUAAAUGAGUCUUUUCUUCCUGAUGCAUUAUGCAUUAUAUAAUGUAUGCAGAAACUACAGCACAAAUUGCACAGGAGGAAAUAUUCUGUGGUUAUUAUUACUGUACUGAUACUGUAGCUGUCCCUCAGAAAUGUUCAUAUUUGUUACCAGAUCAGUGAACUCUUCUGACUGUUAAUCUUUUGUGAUUUGUUCUUUUUAAUGUCGUCGUGAUUUAAAUUAACCCGAAAAACAGUCAUGGUAGCAAAAUAAUCUAGGAAAGUUAUGACUCAUUUCACUGAUGUUAAUACAACAUUUAAAACCUCUUUAACAGAUAUAUCACAUGUUCUGUUUUCAUUAUUUAUAAAAACAGCAGAAGAAGUGCCAACAGGAGUAUUUUCUACAA